GCCCGAGCCGAGUAGUGCCCCGUGUCAACUCAGCGCCGCACCAGGAUUCACUACAGCAGGGGAGGCAACCCUUCUUUUGACCCUCUCCGCUGACAAAAAAAAAACAUGUUUCCUAAUGUGCAGAAUGGAAUAGCCAAUACGGAAAGAAAUCUACGGGAAAUCCGUCCAUGACAACAGUAGAUAUUCACGGAAAAAAAAACAUUCUGGACAGAUAAUACUCAAACUAUUGUUACGGAAUCUAACUCCGUCGCAUUAGUGCACUAAUAUAGUUCGGUCUGUGCCUUUAAAGCAUGUGUUGGCGUCACCUGGUGUCACCUUAAAAUCAGACGAAGCUCAAGUUUUAUUGUUACAAGCAUAGAUAACUGUGUACUGUAACCAUGACAACAUUCUCCAACACUCUGGAGGGACCUCUAGGCCAGAAAUUACCACCUGAACAAAGUCCCCAUGGACUCUAUUAAUUGUGAGGACAAGCCCAGGCCAUGUGCUCGGAAACAAUGGGGGCGGACCAUGCAUGAGACCACCCUUACACUAGGAGACUCUGAAACUAACUAUAACACAGUCAUGGCUGAGAGCUACUGUGGCCGAGACUCCAGAGGACAGCCACUGAUAUUUUCCCACAGAGAUCCACUGGUUUCUUCCCAGCAUAUCACCACACUGGACCUCAGCAACACAUCAGUUACUUACACACCAACAGAAAGCAGGGAUGUCCACUGUCCCAAGGACAUCGUCUCGCACAACGUGCUGCAAAGCUAUGGCUUGAGGAACGGUACCCGCAACCACACGGGCUGGGCCAUGAAAGAGAUCACCAACCCCUCUGGGCCGACCCUGUACCACAGCAGCUACCGUGAGAGCCAUCAAAAACCCAGCAUGAGCAUCUGCCAUAGUAUCACCACCAUGGGCCACCCCGUUCCCUGGCACAGUCAUGACAUUCUCACAGGAGAGAAGAAGAGACCUGCAGGCCCAGGCAAACACAGGAAGUCCACUAGAGACGAGUCAGUCCAGGCUCAGCGACCCUGGGAGACAGACAGUUGUGCCCUCAGAUUGUCCUGAACCCUCAGGGCCACCGUAGGGUGAACAGAGGGGAGUGCCAAAGACCUGGUCUAUUGGGAAUCAGUGGAUUGAAUCUAAGAGGGGAUACAGCACCAACUACAGAUCCUUGUCAUAUUGAAAAAAGCAAGUGAAAGUAAAAAGACCAGCGUGUGCUGCAUGCCUAAUCACAA